GCGCAUAGAGAGAGCACAGCGCGCAGCGCCCGCCGAGUGAAAGCAGCUGAGUUGAGUUGUACGAAGUAGAUUUUGACAGCGGAAUUCAGACUUUAGACUGUCACGGUCACCCACCCAGCAACGGCCAUUGGGUCACUGCAAGCCCUGCUUACGGGAGUAGGCUACGGGGUCCCUCUCUUUCUGGGAAAUUCCGCUGGCAUGAGCUAACAUGGAAACCAAACCUUUUCUGUCUUUAGAUUCUUCAGGUCAGUUCUCUCCGCCCCCCCUGAGUUCCCCCCCAUCCCACCGGGGUCUGGGUCCCCCGGUGCACCCCUCCCUGCUCAGCCCUGGCGGCAUGGGGGGGUCGGGGCCGCUGCACUCGCCCCUGGGCUCCCCCCUCAACGGCCUGGGCUCCCCUCUCAACUUCCCCAUCAUCAGCUCCAUGGGCCCCACGCACGCCACCAGCAGUAUGGUCUUCAGCCCACAGCUGAGUUCCCCGAUGAGCAUGGUGAGCAGCUCGGAGGACAUCAAGCCUCCGCUGGGCCUGAACGGCAUGAUGAAGAUGCCCUCCUGCGCCGGCAUGCCCCUCUCCAAACACAUCUGCGCCAUCUGCGGAGACCGCUCCACAGGCAAGCACUACGGCGUGUACAGCUGCGAGGGCUGCAAGGGUUUCUUCAAGCGGACGGUGCGCAAGGACCUGAGCUACACCUGCCGCGACAACAAGGACUGCCCCAUCGACAAGCGCCAGCGCAACCGCUGCCAGUACUGCCGCUACCAGAAGUGUCUGUCCAUGGGCAUGAAGCGGGAAGGUAUGCAAGACCAGCAUGCAGCGGUUCAGGAGGAGCGUCAGCGAGCGAAAGAGAGGGCCGAGGGAGAGAUGGAAUCCAGCGGGGUGAACGAGGAGAUGCCCGUGGAGAAGAUUCUAGAAGCGGAACUGGCCGUGGAGCCCAAGACCGACACCUACACAGAACACAGCCCAGGAGCACCUGCCUCAUCGCCAAACGACCCGGUGACCAACAUCUGCCAGGCGGCCGACAAGCAGCUCUUCACCCUGGUGGAGUGGGCCAAGAGGAUCCCCCACUUCUCAGAGCUGCCCCUGGAUGACCAGGUCAUCUUGCUCAGAGCAGGUUGGAAUGAGCUCCUGAUUGCAUCCUUCUCCCACCGCUCCAUCACCGUGAAGGAUGGCAUCCUCCUCGCCACGGGCCUUCACGUGCACCGCAACAGCGCCCACAGUGCGGGCGUGGGCGCCAUCUUUGACAGGGUGUUGACGGAACUGGUGUCUAAGAUGCGAGACAUGCAGAUGGACAAAUCAGAGCUGGGCUGCCUAAGAGCUAUUGUCCUGUUCAACCCAGACUCGAAAGGCCUGUCUAACCCAGCAGAAGUGGAGGUACUGAGAGAGAGGGUCUAUGCCUCCCUUGAGGCAUACUGCAAACAGAGGUACCCUGAGCAACCGGGGAGGUUUGCGAAGCUUCUGCUGCGUCUGCCGGCCCUGCGCUCGAUUGGCCUGAAGUGCCUGGAGCACCUGUUCUUCUUCAAGCUGAUUGGUGACACGCCCAUAGACACUUUCCUCAUGGAGAUGCUGGAGACGCCACACCAGAUGACGUAACCUGACCGGACGGAACCCGGGACCCGACCCCCAUGUCACACAGAACUUCUCACAAAGACACACAGACACACAGACACACACACAGACACACACACACACACACACACAGACACACACACAGACACACACACACACACACACAGUGCACCGUACCGCCACACAGGGAUGAAUGUCUCCACGCCACUUCGAGAACUAUUUUUUGUAACCGACAUCACAAGCGCAUUGUGCUAUCUAUUUUUCUGUCUUUCUGUCUCUCUCUCUCUCUCUCUCUCUCUCUCUCUAUUCUUGACUGUGGUUCAUUCAUAUCCUCUCGACUCGUCUGUACGUUGCGAGCUGCGACUACAUGUGCCAUGUCAUCUAGUCGCAAUGGGAUUUCUUUUUUUUUCUCUCCAGUGUGUAUAAAAGAAACGCAACAGUGGAUUAACAGACGCUCAUGUCACAAGACACUACAACACCAGUGACACAGGCUCCUCCUCCUCACACACUGGGGACAAGACACGAGUGACUCACGGGGGAAACCUGCUUAACCGCCAGACGCCAGAAUCACCCUGUCUGUCUGGCGCAUAUCUGCCGUCACACAUCUGACCUGAGAUCAGUGUGUCUCUAUGCCGCCCUAUGUCCUCUUUGAGGUCUACCUCUCAGUGUUUGCAGUGCUGGGCUGUCUGUCUGUAUUGAGUACAUACAGCCUCGAUUGGGAGUACAGUAUAGGAUUUUUCUCACCAAACAGGAUUAAAUCCGAUUCUCUUUCUUUCUUUCUCUCUCGUUCUCGUUCUGCCGAUGUCCUUGUCCACUCUCCCUCCUAUGCAUGGGGCUGAUGGAUGGAUGUAUUCACGUCAUAGGAAGGUCUCUCUGCUCUUCUGUACCUCAUCCAGUGACUUUUCAUGGCGUCAUUGUGGGCUCUCCACUCUGGUUAAAACAGACAUUGUACUAAAAAGAGUCCCCUUGUGCUGGAGUUGAACUGAGAACAUGGCUGACGGCCACGCCGUCUCUGGGAGCACUCACCGAGGCAGAUGCAGACAGAUGAGCCGACUGGGGGGUGGGGGGCAAAGGGGUUCAGUUGCCCCAGGCCCAGGUAAACAAGGGGCCCAGAAUUGGGUCCUUAUUACAUUGUAUGUAUUGAGUGGGGGGCCCCCAUUCAGAUGACUUUGUCCUGGGCCCAGCAAAAGCUGUCAGCGACCCUGGAUGCAGAAGACACAGAUGUUUGCGCUCCUUUACCUCUGGGAAAGAAAAAAAAGUAAGGUGAAGGAGAGAAAACAACCCCUUUUUAUUCUUGGCACUUAGCUCUUUUGUCAGGCAGUGAUGGCACUAGCCAAAAGUCAACAUUUGGGAGGCUCUGACCUUGCGGGUUUUGUUAAGGUGUGGCUAUAAGCUUAGCUCCUGCCCAGGCCAUGAAAGGUCACCUCAGAACUUACCUGUUUGUGCCAGAGAGAUUCCAGAAUCAAGGGCGCCAUUUUUCUUUUCUUUUUAAAAAAAAUAAAUAAAUAACAGCAUAGAAAUGUUUUUCAGACUUCAAACAUAUUUUUGUUUCUGUAUAUUUUUUUUAAAUUCUGAAUGUUUGUUUUAUUUUUGUUUUCUGUACUGCUGCAUGUCCAAAGAUGGUGAUAAGAGUUUCGAGCCAACUUGGCACUGGAGUUCCCUCAGUGGGUGGCAAAGCAGUAGAACUUAUACACAAACAAACAUAACCCAGGAUCCAAAAACUCACCUCAGGAACACUGUGGACAUACAGAGAGCUUACACCGCCAUCUGGUGGACGGAAGACAACACUGCAUCUUUAUUAUAUCAAGGACAACACCGUGCACAGCAGGAUGGGGCAUGCAUGCAACAGUGUGUUUCGCCCUGGAAAUAUACAACCAUUCUCUGACCUCAGGAUCUAUACUCACAUCAUACAUCUCUUGUGUUUUUAUUUCCUUAGCAGAAGUACAACUUUUGGACCACAUGUGUAUGCAUUUGUUAACAACAAAGCAAUAACACACAUUUUUCAUACGGAUUUAUGAUUUUUGGUGUAAUAUGAUUUACAUACCAAGUAUUGCAUACUGAGCCGUUGUUAGCCAAACAGUAUUCCCUCUGGAGUGCCGGGUCAUAGUAUUACACGUCUGAUGUCAGCACAGUUUCAGAGAUGCUGUUUUGAGAUCCUCUGUCCAGCCAGCUGUGACUGGCUUCCUAUAGACACAAUCAGUCAAUCAACCGCUGACUCUCAGAUGUUUCUCAUAUGUGUGCAUUGCAACACACAAUAUGUUUGUGUAGUGUAUUACAGAGGACUUACCAAAAAAACAAUCAUGAUCAGGCUUUGUACUUCAAUGACUACCAAAAGGCGGUGCUAGAGUAUCUCGUCUCUCACAGAACCUCAUGGUAAAUGUAGCCUACGGAUUGAUUAAAAUCCUAAAGGAAUAUUUUUCUCCAUUCGUUUCCUGGUUCCUGAACAGAUCAAAACAGAACAAAAAAAAUGAACAAGCAAGCUUCAAACCAACACAGAAAUGUUGGAGGAUGUUCGGUUGUUGUAAAUGUAAACUUGCACGCUACACUACGUACUGCAUUAUGAAGAUUUCAAUUUUUAAAAAAUAACUUAAAAAAAUGUGGAAAAGAUGUCAGAAAGUCUCAUUCAACCGUAUCUCACCACACCAGCUGAAGAGGAGUCUCAGGCCUUUUACAGAGAAUAAAUGCACGCCUCCCUGGCAGUUUCGCAGGGGUGACAAUCUUUAGCUUCAGCAGACUAUGCCUGAAUUGGAACUGGCCAUGUUGGACCAGUUGUGCGGGUUCAUGACGCAGGGAUCUCCGCAAAGGUUACGGAGGUCAUCCAGUGUUCAACAGUGCAGUGCAGAAUAGAGCAACCUACAUACACAUAGGGUCUGUGAAGAUUCUCAUUCAUACAGGCUAUGUCACCUAAUUGAGCUCAGUUCUAAACAACUGGACUUCUUGAACUUCCCCCCUUACAGCAACCAGAAACUCCUGAAGGUCCUCAGUUGAGGAACCAACGUCUUUCCAGCUCAAUGAAAGACUGUGGUUGCUUACAACUGAACUCUUUUGGAUACUGUUCCUGGGAUCUCCUAGAUUUCAAUGUUCUGUAUGACCAAACAUAAGAUAUUGAAAUGUUCCAAGAUGGAAAAAUCCAUGAGCCUUAAUCAAUGGCAAGUGGUGGAUCUACAAUUUGAAGAGCCCUGGUUUUGUCUUGCUACAAACUCCCCAAAGCCCAUGUCCAUAGGUUUACUGCUUACUGGUAAAAGAGUGGGGCUUGUUAAUUUACUAGUCCAUCUGUUUGGAUUUCAACACCCAAAACAACACUCAAACUGACUUUGUGAUGGAAUCAUAAAAGAGGAAUGAAAAAGAAAGAAUAUAUUUUUGUACAAAUGUAAUUUUAUCCCUUUGUUCCUAUGUAGUAUGUCCUUCCUCCUUUGAAAUGUUGUAUAAUUUGUGUAAAUGCUGAUUUCCGGAACAAAACAAAAAAUAAACUUUGGGAGUGAUG